AUUGUCAUCAUCAUUUAUAAAACUGUCAUUGUCUUUCCAUAUUUGGGCAUAUAUGCAUCUGACCGUUCCUGAUAUUUUCAUUUUGUUCUCCGUGAAAUAAAUGUGGACAACUUCCAUCAUUCACGAUCGACCGCACCGACCCAUAUCCUAGUUUUUUCAUACAUAAUUCUCUUUUACCCCGUGAAAUAAAUAUUAAUAGGUUGCAGAAUUGAAAACCAUACUGUAAUUUGCCGAGAGAGAAAGGCGGUGGUGAUAAAGCUCGGGGGAGUGUUCGGAGAUCUUUUAUGGGUCGCCAGCCUUCAAGACCGGUCUGCUGUUAGGCACAUUGAUCUGAAGGCUGGUCCCAGAAUUUGUGCACACUCUCCCACACCGCUUCUCAUUCAUUUUGGUAUGAACUUUGAGGUUUUGGUGGUUGACAAGUGAAAGAAAGGAUAAACCUUUGACGAUAUAAUUAGUAUACAGAAUGAGGAUAGUAUCAGGAGUUAUAUCAAGGCAAGUUUUGCCAGCAUGUGGGUCCCUUUGUUUCUUUUGCCCAGCAAUGAGGGCGAGGUCAAGGCAGCCUGUGAAAAGGUACAAGAAGUUAAUAUCAGACAUUUUCCCUAAGUCACAGGAAGAACCAAAUGACCGUAAGAUUGGAAAACUAUGUGAGUAUGCAGCGAAAAAUCCUUUGCGCAUCCCAAAGAUUACAGCCUCACUUGAGCAAAGGUGUUACAAGGAAUUAAGAAAUGAGAAUUUCCGAUCAGUAAAAGCUGUUUUGUGCAUAUACAAGAAGUUGAUAGUAUCUUGCACGGAGCAGAUGCCACUAUUCUCAAAUAGUCUGCUGAGCAUCAUAAACACACUUCUUGAUCAAACACAAGAUGACAUGCUAAUAGUGGGCUGCCAAUCACUGUUUGAUUUUGUAAACAAUCAGAAAGAUGGAACCUUCAUGUUUAACUUUGAAGUGUAUAUUCCAAAACUCUGUCAAUUGGCACAACAAAUGGGAGAAGAUGAUAGAGCAAAUAAUCUCCGUGCAGCUGCGCUGCAAGCACUUUUUUCUUUGGUUAGGUUUAUGGGGGAAAAUUCGCAUAUAUCUGUUGAAUUUGAUAAUGUUGUUUCGGUAAUUUUGGAAAAUUAUGAGAGGCCAAAGAAGAAAUCUCAAGAUCCUGACCAGAACUUGUGGGCGGAAGGAGAGACUAAGGUUGAGGGUUAUACCCCAGCAGAACACAUUACAAGUAUACCCUCUUGGAGCAUGUCACAGAAUGACAAGGGCGAAAUUAACUUUUCAGUGGAGGAAGCCAAGAACCCUUUCUUUUGGUCAAGGAUGAGUCUAUGUGUCAUGGCUAAAUUGGGAAAUGAGGCUACAACAAUGCGACGUGUUCUUGAAUCUUUGUUCCGUUACUUUGAUACUGAGAACUCAUGGCCUCUGGAACAUGGAGUUGCUUUUCCAGUUUUGAGGGACAUGCAACACAUAAUGGACAAUUCUGGAGAGAAUGUACAUUUUUUGCUCUCAAUAUUGGUGAAGCACCUCGAUCAUAAAAAUGUUAUUAAACAACCUAAAAUGCAGCUUGACAUUAUUAAGGUGAUCAGCACCCUUACUCAACACACAAAGAUGCAGCACUCGGUGGCAUUAAUUAGUUCAAUAAGUGAUGUCAUGAGGCAUCUACGCAAAAGCAUGCAUUAUUCUCUUGAUGAUUCACAUUUGGAAGCUGACAUGAUAAAGUGGAAUGUAUAUUUCCAACAAGCUGUGGACGAGUGCCUUGUGGAGCUAUGCAAUAAGAUAGGCGAUGCGGGUCCUAUCCUUGAUGUAAUGGCCGUGAUGCUGGAGAAUAUAUCAAGUGUAACAUUAGUAGCAAGAUCUGUGGUUGCUGCUGUUUACCGUACUGCUCAGAUAAUAGCUCCUCUUCCUAAUUUUUCUUGUCAGAAAAAGGCAUUUCCGGAGGCUUUGUUUCAUCAGUUAAUACCAGCCAUGGUACAUCCUGAUCACGAAACACGCAUUGGAGCCCACCAGAUCUUCUCUGUUGUACUUGUUCCUUCUUCUGUUUGCCCCAAUAAGGACAUGUAUGUUCCCAGAAUGCAGAAAGGUGUUGGACUUCCAAGAACACUAUCAAGGAACGUUUCUGUUUUUUCAUCUUCAGCUGCACUUUUUGAGAAGCUCAGAGACCAGAGGUUUCCCAGUGAGAAACUUAAUCACGAGAAUAAAGAGGAUGAGGAAAAUCAUACUAGCGGGAUGCUGAAUAGAAUCAGGUCAACCUAUAGUCGAGUAUAUAGCAUGAAAGGUGGUUCGCCUUCCCUUACUGGAAACUCUACAGACCAACCGCAUAAAAGAUUUGAUGUUGUUUCACUGAAGCUUACUUACCACCAAAUCAGAAUCCUACUUUCCUCCAUUUGGGUUCAGUCAACAUCCCCUGCAAAUUUGCCUGCAAAUUAUGAAGCUAUUGCUCACACAUAUAGUUUGGUGUUAUUGUUCUCUAGAGCAAAGAACUCUUACCGUGAAGCAAUGGUGCGAAGUUUUCAGGUUGCAUUUUCAUUACGGAAAGUGCCUCUUUCAGGAGGGGCACUGCCAUCAUCAUGUAGACGGUCCCUUUUUGUCUUGGCAACGUCAAUGAUAAUUUUUGCUGCAAAGGCUUAUGAUAUUUCUUCUCUAGUUUCACGUGUCAAAGAAACUCUUGGUGAUAAUACGGUUGAUCCUUAUUUACGUUUGGUUGAUGAUUGCAAAUUACAAGCAGUUGAAACGGGAUUUGGAUCCAGUGAAGACGAUGACUUGGCUUUGAUGCGACUUUCACAGCUUGAAGUGAAGGAAGAACAUUCCAGAGCCUCUUUGGUUUCUAUAAUAAUGGAGAGUUUGGAUAAUCUGUCAAAUACCGAAGUGUCCACUAUAAGGGAAGCGCUGCUUAAAGAUUUCUCACCAGAAGAUGUGAGUUUGGUUGGGGCUCAGUUGUUCAAGGAUUCCAAACUGAAACAUGAGGGGUUGGAUUCAGAUGGCAACAAGUCUAUGGAGGUGGCCCCAAAUUUUCCAGUAGAAGAUGAUGAUAUUCUGAGCUCAGUUGAAGGUGUUUAUAAGCAAAGUCCACAUCAGUUGGUGAUAAAAGCUCCUAAUUUGCUUAACAUUGAUCAACUUCUAGAAUCUGCUAUGCAUAGUGCUGCACGAGUAGGAAAAACCACCAUGGGGACUUCGCCUUGUUAUUCUUUCAAUGAGUUGGCAAAUCAUUGUGAUGCACACCUAGCUGGAAAGAAGGAGAAGAUGCUAACUUUGAUGAGCAUCCAGCAAAGGCACGAAAUUUGUAUAAGCCGAACUUCAGAACAAGCUGAUGAGGGGAAUAUAAUUGAAGAUUCAGAGAACCAGGCUAGAAACACAUUCCAGGCCCAGAAUCUGGCAAUAAUUCCAGUCACACCAUUCGCUGAUAAUGUUCCAUUUCGACUGUGUAGCACUGAAUUCCAGCAACAACAUCCCGAGUCGUUAAGGCUUCCUGCAUUGAGCCCAUUUGACAAUUUCUUAAAAGCAGCUGGUUGCUGAUAUCUCGAAACUGAGAUUUUUUAAUGUAAAAUAGCCACGCAUAUAAAAGGAUUGAUACAGGUUAUCCCAACUCCACACAUGGCUUUGAUGAUAAACUCAGCAUGAAAGGUUUUUUUUAUGCUUCUGCUGCAUCAAGUGUCAGUUUGGUCCAAUGACAACAGUGAGGAGGAGGAGGAGGAGAUAAGUUGCUGUUUUUACCUUGUGGACUUGGCCUGAUAUGAGAAUGUUGAUACCCUCUUUUUGUUUACCCAAAAACAUCAAAUUCACUGGAUCGAUGUAACAAUUAGUGUAUUAAAAUAAAAACAUAUGCAACAGUAAUUUGAAAGCAAAGGAACAUAAUUGGAGUUUGCAUUCUUUGGACUCCUAAAAAAGGCUUACUAUGGGAUAUUGAUUAUUAACUUAUAAAGAAAAUGAUGGAGGGUCCCAAAAAACCGUUAAUUGAGAGAUGUUGAAUGCAAAUUUGCUCACUAUGACA